AUGAGGCUUGUAUCUGGGGCGCUCGUGAGCCACAUAACGCCUCAUAAACUAAUUACACUUUUCCAAAACCUAGAAUUUGGAAUAUUUCUCAGGAAAGAGCGACCUGCCGGCGCCGGCUCGGAAGGCGUUCCCGGCGCCGUGGGUGGGGCCGUGUCUUGGCACAGUUUUCACAACCACCUCUCACUCACACACACUCGCUCACACUUAUUCGACAGUUCACAACUCUAUAAGCCAUCUCACAAAAUGCCACCAAAACGACUGCACAUACUGCAGCCACUCACCUCCCAACCAUGGCAACUCACAACAGUAGCCCGUCGCCAUUUCGCAUCCUCAUCAGAACCCAAAACCAAUCACCAAAAAAGAACCAAACCCUCCCUCUACAACCGGCUCUUCCCCAAAGCCUCCACCCCCCAACCAUCCAAAGCCUCACCCUUAGGCAACACCACCACCGCCACCGCCGCCCAAAACGAUGACCCCGAACCACCACGAAUAUCCCUCCACGACGACCAAGAACUCGGCGAAUGGCUAAAGCAGCUCCAGUCCACCUUCGCCGAUGACACCACCACCACCACCACCACUGACAAAGACCCCAACGCCCCAACAGUCCUCAUCCUCUCCGCCCCCCGAGACCUCCUAGAAUCAGACUUCUACCGCGUCUCCCCGUCAGGCCAACACGUCCAAGGCUGGACCAGCGGUCCCGACAAAGGUUCCCUCCCCCCUCCCCCCUUCUUGGCCCCCCCCCAGAGACUAACCGCCUCCUAUACUCCUCCCCCACCCCCCCCCCCACCACCUCUCCCCAACCCACAUCUUCUACCUCUUCUCCCCCUCCCCCCCCUCACACCUAUCUUACCUCUCCCUCCUCAAAACCCAACACUCCCUCUCCCGCUCCGCCCCCCUACCCCCUCUCCCCUCCCUUUUUUUCCCCUCCCCCUAAUCCAUACCUCACUCCCUCAUCCCCCCUCACAUCCCGACCAUAACCUCCUCCAUCCACCCCUUGUCAAGCCUUCAAACCUCCUUCCUAACCAGCACCCUCCCAAAGACCAACCAAGCCCGUCUACUACCAAUCCCCCAACCCUUUUCCGAUGUCCCUCAACAGGCAGCAGGGAAUUUCAUCCUCCUCCGCCUGAGCAACGGCAAGCUCACACCCCGGUAUCUAUCCCAUCUGAUCCAAAACGACGACGCACCCUGGGGGAUACUCCCCAAAACCAGGAAAAAGGGCGCCAUCACACCGCUGAGGGCGACGAUGAGCUAUGUCGGAUUGCCAGAGUCGCAAAAUGA